AUAACAAUGGAAAAUGAGAAAUAAUAAAGUAUUUGUGAAGGAUAUUAUAUUAUUAAAACACUUGGAACAGGAACAUUUUCAUAGUAGAAAUUUUAUUAUUAUUCAUUAGGGUUAAAUUGGGGCAGAAAGGAUAAAACUAUGCUGCUUUGAAAUUUUUCAAAUAAGGCAAUGAAGAAAUGCAAUUAGAAUAAUUUAAUAGAGAAGCCCGAAUAUUAUCAAACCUUAAACAUUAAAAUUUUAUUAAAUUGAUAGAUUGCAAUGAGUAACUUAAAUAUACUGUAUAAUUAUUGUCUAAAUUAGAAAAAAAAUGGAACAACAACUUAUAAAAUGGGUUUGAUCUUAGAAUAUGGAAAUAAUGGCGAUAUUUUCUCAUAUUUAAAAUAUUUAAAAAAAUUUGAUGAACCAAUUGCAAGAUUUUAUUUAUGUUAGAUGAUUAAAGCUUUAAUUGAUAUGAAAAAUUUAAAUAUUUGUCAUAGAGAUUUAAAACCUGAAAAUAUUUUGUUUGAUGAUGAAUAUAAUUUAAAAAUAGCCGAUUUUGGGUUUGCAACAGAGUAUUAAGGUUUAAUAAAUGACUUUCAUGGUGGAACAAUACGUAAUUUUAAAUCAUAAAUUUUAAGCUUAUAUGGCACCAGAACUUUUAGAAAAGAGAGAAUAUGAUGGAUCAAAAGUUGAUGUUUUUGCUCUUGGGCAAAUUUUAUUUAUAAUGAUGACUGGAUGUUUUGCAUUUUAAAAAUCGAAUCAUUCAAGUUAUAAAUUAAUUAAAGAGAAAAAUCAUUAAUAAUUUUGGUAAAAAAUGUAAAAUUAACUAAAAAGAGAAUUACCAGAUAAUUUUAAGUAUAUUUUAUGAUUUAAAAUUUUUUUAGAGAUCUUAUUAAUAAAAUGUUUGAAUAUGAUUAUAAUCAAAGAAUAAGUUUUGAAGAAUGUUUACAACAUCCAUUUUUAUAGGGUCCUAUAGCUAAUUUACAUGAAAUAAAAUAAUAAUUCAGAGAUCAAAAACUGAUUAUUGAUAAAAAAAGAGACCAACAAAUUUAUAGGCAACGAGAAGAAAUUAAAAGGCAACGAGAAGAAAUUUAAAGACGACAAUAAAUUGAAAGGGAAAUGCAAGAAUAAAUGGGAAAUGAUAGUACAUUUAAAUCAUCCGGUUAAGAUAAUUCUAAUUAAGAAAAAUUAAAAAAAUAAAAGAAUAAACUGAUGGAAAAAUACAAAUUUAAUUUUAAAGAUCAAAUUCUAAAGAAAAGCAGUCCAACAUAAAUGAUCAAUGAAAUAGUAACAUGUUAAGAAAGAGAAAGUUUAUUUAUUUAAAUUAUUUAAAUUUUUGAAGAAAAUGAUAGAAUAACAAAAAUUCAUAAAAAUAAAUAUAAAGUAAUAAAAUUUUUAUUAAAUUUAGCUUGAUGUUGAUAUUCUAGAUGAAGAAAGUGAUGUGAAAUAUAAAAUUUAGAUAGAAUUAUGUGAUAUUGGAGAUGAAAUGUUGAGAGUUGAUGUUCUUAAUUUUGGCUAUGACCCAAUAGAUUUCAAUUAAACUCUUGAUCUUCUUAGAUAAAAGAUAUAAGAAUAAUAAAUUUGA